GAAAUGACGUCACCGGUACGGCAGCCUGGAAGCGCGAAGCGUCGAAAAGCCGGAUAAGAGGGAAAUGAACUCUGGAGAAGUGUGUUGUCUUGAAUUAAAACUCAUUUAACAUAACGUUACAGCAUCCGCGAUGAGGUGUUGCAGCACUAGCGUGCGUCAGAUCUCCAUUGCCUCUGAGCCUCAUCGUACAUUUUUUCUCAAGCUAGAGUGGGCUGAGGAUCUUGGAUCUGGCUUUGUUAUCCUUCUGUCCGAUGGCAUCUCUGCAUGGAGUGGUGAAGUUUCAGAGGAGGAUGUGUCCCGUGAAGCCCAGGAGAUCGAGAUGGAGCGGGAGAGGUAUGUUGGUGACCUGCACCUGGCUCUGACCGGAGAGGGACCGACAGCGGAAGGGGAAUACAGCUUCCACCUGACACCUGAGAGACCCGGCCGCCCCCUGCUGCAGCUGUCUUAUGAGAAGGUGCAGAACGACAUCUCGUUCAGGCUCGGCGUGGUGGAUCUGCAGGUGGUACCUGAGCCCACUGAAGUCAUAAGGGAGCUCAUUAGUCAUGGCCUGGAGCAGAGUGCACGUCUACAGGCCAAAAACCAGCACCUGCUGGAGGAGAACCAGAAGCUGAGGAGAGAACAGGAACAUAUCACCAAAGAGAUGCAAAGGUAUGUCCAAGGGAAGGAGAAGUUGGAGAGAGACUUGUACAGCCGAUUUGUGCUGGUCCUAAACGAGAAGAAAGACAAACUCAGAGCCCUGCAGAAGAGAGUCAAAGAGCUGGAGAAAUCUGUUGAAGAGAAUGAACUGAGGAAAAAGGCAGAUAGUGAAGACCACAAGGCGAUGGAGACUGAGGCAGAUAAGAGUCCUGAAGAGAGUGAUUAUGGAGGAAGUACAGAAGAUGAACAGGAGGCUGAACCCAGACAGCCAGACCCAAAGCCUCUUACACAAGAGAUGCCAGAAAGUAACCCGAUGGAUGACAGCUUAAAUGACAUCACAGAUGUGGCGCCUUGUCGAAAACGCCGCCACCGUCAUCUCCAACAGCUGGAGACGCAAGCCAAACGUGCAGCGCUGGAUCAGCGACAGAGAUCCAGAGAGAAGCCGACAGAAGAUGCCAAAGCCGAGACCAGCAAAACGUCAAACGUCCAACCAAAACCAGCAAGCGCUGCUGUGAACCUUGAUCCAGACGACCUCUUCGAUGAUAUAUGACCCUCUUUACGGCCUAAAGAGCACUGUUUGUGAUAAGCAUGACUUUUGUACUGUUUUUAAACUGUAGGAGUAAUAAAAUUAUACAUUUUUAAAAAGAAUUUUAGAGUAAAUAUGAAUUGGUUCUAUAAUAAACAAAAGUUUAAAAAGAACACUACUUUAGUGAAGCAAAAUUAUGAAUUUGUCAAUUUUUAACUCUGUAAGUUGUGAAUAAAUCUAAAAAAUGUGAAUAAAGAUGUUUUUCUCGUUCUCCAAGUAGUGAUCUUUUUUAAAAAUGGAUUUUAAACCCAAACCUACUUUUUUAACUUAUCCUUAACUUUACUUGUUAUGGGGAAAAAACAGCCUCAGCUGAGCUUUUGGUUUUAGCUGGUCUCCCAGCCUCAUCAGGCUGGCCUGCUAGUCUUAGUGAGUUCUGGGCUUUUUCUAACUGUUUAACAAGCAAACCAGUCUAAGCUGAACUCCUAAAAGCAACCACGGAAAAAAUACCCUAGCAACUUCAUAGCAACAUGCUUAAACUCUUCAGAAGACAUUAAUGACUGCUUAGCAACACCGUGAUAACCAAUGACAAUGA